AUGGACAAAAGCAUCUUUGUUGCAGGGAUUCACAUAAAUAUCACGGGCAAAUAUUCUUUUACUUCUGAGCGUGGAGAGGAGGUAGAAGGAACCAUAGCUGUCCUGGAAGACUCCAAGGAGAUGCAGCCCAGUGAAGCAGAGAUGCCUUUUCCUAGUGCCCUGAAAGAGGGUGCUAAUCCCAGCCACUUUGGGCAGGCUGAAGAGCCUGCCAGCCUCCCCCAGGAACACACAAUAAAGCACUUUCUGAAGGAAGACUCAGAAGAAGCUGAGCUGGUCCAGUUCCUUAAGGAUUCCCCAACUGAAAAGACCUUCCAUCGGGUGAAGCCAGAAGACAUCCAUCAGGAGAAAAGAUCCAGUCCGGAUGCCUUGGAGGAAAAGGAGCAGAAGGCCUUCUACCGCCCUCAUCCUCUAGAUUUGAAACAGCAACACAUGGCUGCUCCAGCACCGCCAAGCCCAUCCCGCCCCAGAAGCCCCUGGGGCAGGCUUGACCCAUAUGAAUCAGAUGAGGAUGAUAAAGAGUAUGUGGGAUUUGCAACACUUCCUAAUCAGGUCCAUCGGAAAUCUGUGAAAAAAGGAUUUGAUUUCACACUAAUGGUUGCAGGAGAGUCUGGGCUAGGGAAGUCCACUCUGGUGAACAGCCUUUUUCUUACAGAUCUAUACAAAGAUCGCAAAUUCUUAAAUUCAGAAGAACGGAUUGUCCAGACUGUGGAGAUUACCAAGCAUGUGGUAGACAUAGAGGAGAAAGGGGUGAAACUUCGCUUGACCAUCGUGGACACGCCAGGCUUUGGAGAUGCUGUAAACAACACAGAAUGUUGGAAGCCUGUGGCUGAUUACAUAGAUCAGCAGUUUGAGCAGUAUUUCCGAGAUGAAAGUGGCCUUAACCGGAAAAAUAUUCAAGACAACCGUGUCCAUUGCUGCCUCUACUUCAUCUCUCCUUUUGGUCACGGUUUGCGACCUCUGGAUGUUGAAUUCAUGAAAGCUCUCCAUCAGCGGGUGAACAUUGUCCCUGUCCUGGCCAAGGCUGACACUCUCAUGCCCUCCGAGGUGGAACGAAUGAAGUGCAAGAUUCGUGACGAAAUUGAUCGUUUUGGGAUCCGGAUCUACCAAUUUCCUGAUUGUGAUUCAGAUGAAGAUGAGGAAUUCAAGCUGCAGGAUGAAGCACUCAAAGACAGCAUCCCCUUCGCUGUGAUUGGCAGUAACACCAUUGUGGAGAUGAAAGGCAAGCGGAUCCGCGGGAGACUGUACCCUUGGGGAAUUGUUGAAGUGGAGAACCCUAUGCACUGUGACUUUAUCAAGCUACGCACCAUGCUGGUAAGGACCCAUAUGCAGGACCUGAAGGAUGUGACUCGGGAGACUCACUAUGAAAACUACCGGGCUCAGUGUAUUCAGAGCAUGACUCGCAUGGUGGUGAAAGAGCGGAAUCGCAACAAGCUAACCCGAGAAAGUGGGACUGAUUUCCCCAUCCCAACUACGCCCACGGUGCCAGAUUCAGAGACAGAAAAACUGAUCCGGGAGAAGGAUGAGGAGUUACGAAGACUGCAGGAAAGGUUGCAGAAAAUCCAACAGCAGAUGGAAAAUUCAUAG